UUACACGGUUCCGACAUUUUGAGGACUUUAGGCCAAAUAAAAUGUCAGAAGGAAAAGGAGCCACCGGGAAACGCUAUGGUCCCGUUAACAAUCCGUAUUACCGCACUAUGCGGAAUAUACUUGCAUAUCUCAAACCUGAAAGAAGAGUGGAAUUGAAAUUUCAUAUCAGUAACAACCCUGGGCCGACUUUCAUGAUGAUAACCAGUACAUUGUUGGUAAUUAGCUUUUUUCCAUUGAUGGCUCAGCAAAGGAGAAUUGAUUUCACCUCAAAGGCCUAUCACUGUCAUUACAGAGUGUUAAGGAGAGAAGACGCAGAUCCAAAACUGAAAGAACUUGGAUAUUAUAACUAAUCUUAAAUUAAACAAAAACUUUGUGUAUAGUGUUAAAACUUUUAAAUAAAUAUAGUCACAACAUUA